AUGGUCAACUUCUCCAAAGACCGCUUCUCCCCGAAGCGCCUUUCGCCCAAGCACAUCAAGGCCAAGAUUGAGCCUCAGCUGCAUUGGAAAGUCCCUAUGGAGGAGGGAGUGUACCAAGACAGUCGCUGGUCCAACCCAGAUCUCGACCCUGUCAAACCUGAGGAUCGUACUUGGGGUGCUGUGGACUAUUGGGCAUAUUGGACCAGUGACAUGCUUGCGCCCCCGCUGGCAUCCACAGUGUCAUCUGUCAUGAGCUUGGGUUUUACUGCUCGAGAGACGAUUCCCAUUGUCUUUUGUGGCUUCGCGUUAUGCUCAGGAGCAUUGACCCUGACGGGGAAGAUGGGUGCGCGAUAUAGCAUCCCCUUUCCAGUGCUGGUCCGCUCCAUUUUCGGAAUGUAUGGAAGUUAUCCGGUCAUUGUUCUCCGGUCCUUCGUGGCCGCCAUGUGGACUGCCAUUCUGUGUGUCCAGGCAGGUGACUUUCUCAACAACUGUCUCACAGCCAUCUGGCCGAGCUUCGCCAACUUUCCAAAUCACCUACCUGAGAGUGCUGGGAUCACUUCAGCUGGACUCUUGUGCUUUUUCAUUUACUGGAUCUUCCAAACAAUCUUAGCUUGUAUGCCCAUCAAGAAGCUCCGAAUCCUUUUCCUCAUCAAGGGUGUUGUCGUUCCGCCGACCUUCCUUGCCCUGUUCCUGUGGGCAGCUAUCGUCACAAAGGGAGGCGGGCCUCUUGUGACUGGCCACGCCAAAAUCACCUCGACAUAUAUGAACACGGCAUAUUCGUCCCUGACUGGCUUGAAUGCAAUCAUCGGCCUCUUCAGCUCCAUGGCCGUCAACUUCCCGGACUUUAGUCGUUUCUCCAAAAACAAUCUCAAAGGAUACAACCAAUUCUUUGCACUGCCAGUCAUCGGCACGUUGGGAGCCUUGACCCCCAUCUUCGUCACCUCAGCCCACAGCUACCUGUGGGGCGAGUUCGAGUGGUAUAUGCCUGCUGUCAUUGCCAAAUUCGACUCGCGUGCCGCCAAGUUCUUCACCGCGUUCAGCUUCAUGUUGGCCACUGUAAAGGUGUGGUAUGAUUGA